CAAUACAAGUCAGCUACACCGUGGUCGACCCCGCAAUUCGCUCCUUGCACCGUCUGGAUACCUGAGUUUCGAGCUCGUACCUACAACAGCGCCCAAGAUGCCAGCGCCAGCUCUGAACAAGAACAAUUCUGCCGUGAAGCGCAUCAUGCAAGAAGCCAGAGAGCUUGCUAACGAUCCUUCCACCGACUAUCAUGCCGCACCUCUGGAGGACGAUAUCUUUGAAUGGCACUGCACAAUACGGGGACCGUCAGGAACCGAGUUCGAAGGCGGAAUUUACCACUUUCGAAUCCUAUUGCCUGCAGAAUACCCAUUUCGCCCACCCUCGAUCAUGAUGCUAACACCCAAUGGAAGAUUCGAACUCAACACAAAGAUUUGCAUAAGCUUCACCAACUAUCAUGAAGAACUGUGGCAACCAGCGUGGGGAGUGCGAACAGCUAUCAUUGGAUUACAAGGCUUCUUCCCCCUGAAAGGUCAGCAAGCAGUUGGUGUUGGCUCCAUUGAAUCCCACACGAAUGAACGGAAGCGCCUAGCGGCUCUGUCCCGAGAAUGGACGUGCCCUGUCUGCAAGACUUCCAACCACGAGAUCCUACCAGACCCGACCACUUCUAACCCCUCACAGUCUAUUAAUUCACCAGCUCCCCCUCCCCCAGCGACCGCGAUUUCCACCCCAGAACCUACAUCUGAAUCCGCCACUCCACAGCGCGAGGUAUCUGGAGAUGCAUCCCUUUCCCAGCGCCCAACAGAAUCAUCAGGUGUCUCAGACACCACCAUUUCGCAGAACACUGCUCAGAACUCCGUCAAUACUCGCCCGUCCGAAUCGCAAAACCCUCCCCAGGUCAUUGAAACUCGCAGUCCUGCAGUGAUUUCCAAUCCACCGGUAGAAUUUCCUCAAUCUGGGGGUGCUCGCCGGAGUCCGCAAAAGCCACCGGUGCUUUUGGAUACGGCUAUCAUGAUCCUGCUCGUGCUUGUCUUCGCAAUUAUAUGCCGUCGGGUAGUCUGA